AUGAGCUGCGCGGCGUCGUGCACAUGUCCCGCGGAGCUGCAUGCGGAGCGCAUUCUGGUGGAGGUGCUACGCUACAGCAGCGCGUGCCGUCUCGCGCGACAGCUGGCGGCGCUCGCCUCGCAGGAUCUUCCGUGCGAUCGGCAGUCCAGCAAAGGCCUUAUGACGGGGGUCAUUUUCGAGGGAUUGCAGGCGGCCGCCACAGCGGGGCAGGGACGCACAUGGGUGCACCCCAUCCUCGACGUGCACCGCGCGGCGCGGGUGUGCGAAAUGUCCGGCGCGGCAAAGUCGGUCGCCUACACACUCGAGGGUAUCGCGCUUUCACCAGGCUGUGUGCUGGGGGUUCUGCGCGAAGAAGGAAGUGGGGAGGAGCGGAAGGUACCCAUGGAGAAUCUGCAGUUGCUGGAGGAGGCGCCGUUCUACCGUGAUGAAUUACUGCCGGCGCUCGAAUGCAUCCAGCCGCAUCAGGCCUCGAGGAGCGCACUGAGGUGGUUCACUGAGAAGUUGUGCAGUUCCUCGACAAAGCUGCAAACUUCGUUCGCCCAGAAGCGUCGAAAGGCGUGGUCCCUUGUGGAACGUGUGACAAUCCUUUUCUAUGAGGAGCGAAAGUUGCUGGCGGAGCUCAAGGGGCGUCUGAGGCAAGAAAAGAGUGUUGCUAAUGUGUUCCACAGCAUCACACUAACACCUCGUGAAGAUGACGGUAUUGUGCUGCUGGAGCUCCACGUCCGUGAUGACAGUGAAGAUGCGUGGUUCUCUGCCACAUGCUCACAUGAAACGACCAAACAGGGUGACAAACGUGAUGUGCUGAUUACAUUGGAGAUAGGCGCGGAGCAUGUGACUCAGUUGCGUCGUUUGGCGUCGUGCCGUGGCGAGGAACAUUUUCGUAUGGCGUUGGCAUUGUUGCUGCUGCGGUACGCUGGCCUGAGUGGUGGCGAUUACCAGUUAGAGUCUGGUUGGCACGCUGGUAUUCCAUCGAGUGUGUUUGACGCGCUUGUUUCGACGUUUCAUGUGUCAAUGGAAUGUUUUGCAAGCCCUUUGAACUGCACGCUCCCGCAGUACUUCUCUGCGUUCCCAGAUACGGACUCUUUCUUUGGCUGCUGCGGUAACUUCCUUGGCACAGGUGCGCUGCCUGUACCUGCCGAAGAUGCGACAAAGGAAAAGGGGCUGCUGUCUCUCGAGGCGAACCCGCCAUUUGACCACGACGUGAUCGCUGCCGGAUUGGCGCGUGCACUGCAGCACCUGGAGGACACUGAACCGACGAGACCCCUUUCUUUUGUGUUUAUUUUACCCGAUUCGACGCAGGCAAAGGGCAUUGCAGUGCGCACCAAAGCAGAACAGAGUCGCUUUUUCCGUGGCGACUGUGUUAUUUCGCCCGAAUUGUCAAUGUAUGUCCACGGAGCGCGGCAUAUUCCUAGGCGUAGUGCACAGAAGCGCCAACGGGGCGCAUCUCCACGUGAUGAGGAGGAGCUGGUCACCCUGUCGUGCCCAACGCGACUUUUGGUGUUGCAGAAUGAUGUGGCUGCAGCAAUGUUGCCAGCAGGGGAGGGUCUGGAAAAAGUGCGCUCUGUGUGGGAGGCGCUGCCGGCGUCCGUGACAUCGUGA